AUGUCCUCCUUUAACUUUAUGCUGCCCAUUUUGGACGACCUCACAUUCUCUGAUGAGCCUGAGGGGAUAGUAGGAGCAGCAACUCCACCUGCGACAGAGUUACCAGAGAUAGUGCUGCCAACAUCAGCCGAAUUGUUCUUUGCUGUACCCCCUGUACCCCCUAAGACUCCUAAAACGACUAAGCGUCAAAAAGCACAGGCGCUGAGGAGGAAAAAGUUGGCAGCCUCUUUGAGGGAGAAGCGAGCCGAUGCAGCUGCUCGGCAACGAGAUCCCGACUACCGCCCAUUGAAAUUUAAGACGGACUACCAUAUAGCAUUUGAUUCGCCCGCGGAUGAUCAAAACGAUCCCAUCACACCGAAGCCCUCGAGCAAGGCCAAUACGCCAGUUUCUGACCGUAAGGUCAGUUCCACGGCGAGGAAGCGUUCGACAACGUACAUUACGGAUGACAGUGAUAGCAGCGAGAGACCCUUGAGAAGCGGAGACGAGAGUUAUACGCCGUCGGGCAAAGGCAACAAGAAGAAGACCCGUGUAGAGCCGCGUACAGGAAAGCGACCAUCCAUAGAAGAUGCGUCAGGGGGAACCGACAGCAGCGACAUCAGUGAAGGCCCUCAUCUCAUCCGAGGCCUACUGUCCGACUCGCCACUAGUUUCCUACCCUGUCAAGAGGACCCGACUAUUCUCUAUCGUUAAACCGAAGCCUACUGUCCAAGAAAGACCUGCGCGCCGAGUCGCCAGUCAGAGCAUGUACACUCCAUUGAUGGAGUUCCUGUAUAAAGAGCAGACUAAUGAGCGCAACAAGCGACGAGUUUUCAUGGGGGAGGAGGAUAAAAUCGACGAGGAAAUUAGGGAGAUAUCCGCCUUGCGUAAGCAGCUCGAGAAGAGAAUACUAGCUUUCGAAUCAUACGUGGUCACCACUGGCCUUGCCGCAGAUGGGGACAUCCAAACUUAUGAUACCAUCGAUAUCCCUCAGGAAGUCCCAGUCAGCACCAGGGCUGGUGUAAAAAGGUCACGCGUAGCACACCCUGAAGGCCAUGCUCUACAGCAGUCCAACAAACGGAAGCGUGGGAGACGCACUGGUCAUUGA